GUGUGUCAUCUUGAACCAUAUUAUAACCGCGGUACAUAAUACGGACAUUUUGGUUAUCCGCUUGGAUUUGAUUCAUGUUUGACGGAUUUACAUAUUUGACAUCGAGUGACAAAAAAUGUACUAAUGUCAACAAAACAAGAGUAAUCAUGAUCAUGAGAUUUGAUGAUUCACAUAUUUACGUUUCAUAUGCAAAAUAAGGGAAUAUCAUUGUGAAAUAAAUAAAUUUAUGUUUCAAACAUUACAAGCUGUAAAAACGAUGGCAUCCGCCGUGUCAGAGAAAAUCAAGGAUAAACGCAAUCGAACUCUGCUAGGCGAGCUACCGGAGGAUUUCCUGCGUGUAACAACUUCAGCCCAAGAGCAACAAGAGGCAGCUGAUAGACAGACUGCUAUAGCACUCCAGCAACAUUAUGCUGGCACAGCAACAACUUAUGUGCCAGAUGCUUGCGGAAGACUCAGCAUCACCUUGGUGCAGGCUAAGCUCGCUAAGAACUAUGGCAUGACUAGAAUGGACCCAUACUGCAGGAUCAGAGUUGGUCAUAGCAUUUAUGAGACACCUACAGAUACUAAUGGAGGGAAGAACCCUAGGUGGAAUAAGGUUGUUUACUGUCUUUUACCACAAGGACUAAAUGCCAUCUCAAUAGAGAUAUUUGAUGAAAGAUCCUUUACUAUGGAUGAGCUGAUUGCCUGGACACAAAUUGUAAUACCACAGCAAGUUUUGGCAGGGGAGACUCAUGAAGAUUGCUACCCUUUAAGUGGGAAGCAAGGAGAAGGUCAAGAAGGGACGAUCAAUCUUGUUUUGAGUUAUACACCUUCUCCAUCGUACAUCUAUGCACCUGCACAACCAAUAAUGGUAGUACCCAGAACAGGAGGUGGUAUUAAACCACUUGGUGUAUAUCCAGCUGGAAACCAGGCUGGCAGUCCUCCACCUAUGCCUGUACUCAGUGAAUCUGAAUUGAAACAGAUUGAAGAAAUGUUUCCAAACAUUGAGAAGGAGGUGAUCAAGACUGUGUUUGAGGCAAAUAGAGGCAACAAGGAGAGUACCAUAAACUCUCUUCUCCAAAUGGCUGAAUAAUUUUUCAUACAGUCCCCAUUUUAAUGACUGCUAUAAAGGUUAGUGGUAACAUUGUCAUGCUUUUCCUUAGAUUUAUUACUUAGAAUUGAUGUACUAAAAUUAAGUAGAUUUAUGUAAUCUUAAGGCUCUUUAUCUAAACAAAAGUAUGUUUACUGAUUUUAGAAUUAUCCUGCUAUACCCUAAUUUGUACCAUCAUGCUUCUUGUAAUUUUGUUAAUUAUUAUACUUCUUUAUACCCAUGAUGUAAUUUUAUAGUGCUGAUUCCAUUUCAUUGAUUGCCUCAUUUUCAAACAUUCCUGGGUUGUUUUAUUUAAAUUGUAUAUCUCAUGUUAUCUAGUCAUUUAACUGUCUAUAUUGCUUAAUAAAAUAAUGUGCC